AUGCCAGGAACAAACUGCACCCUUGAGCUCGACGGGGCUAACGAUGAGACCGAACUCUUCGAAAGGAACGUCGAGUACAAAGAUGAGAUCAAGAAGAAGGAAAACCGAACGUUGAAGAAGAUGGUCUCAUUGGACGCCAUGGCUGAGGAAUGUGCAGCGCUGUCACCCAGCGAUCGAUUGAACCCAGUGCACAGAACCGUGUCGGAUGUCACCAUCAAGGACUGCCCUGAUGACAUGCCUAAGCUCACUCGAGAGUUGGCUCAUCUCCAGACUCCAUCUGCCGGUCAUCGAGAUCCACAGACUGGCGACUGGAAGAGCGAAGACCCUUUCGCACCGGGCAACGCUGUUGGUGACCUCGCAGGGCAAGGACCACCUUCGUGCGGAGCACAAGUCAUACUGCCGUUGCGACCCAAGAUCACGUUGCAGUCAGCUGACAGCGAUCAACCUCGGACUCUCAACGAGAAUGAUAUGCCAACUUUGACAGAGAGAAUGGACGGUUCGAAGAUCCUCAUGGAUCAGUCUGCCACGGCUACCGAUAAGGUACAAGUGUGUGAGUGGUCUGACAUUGAGAUGCCAUCUCACAGUAACCCAUUUUUCGUACCAGAGGCUGUCCAUGAGCAGAAAGACGAUGUCGAACCAGACGGACCGAUCGAUGAACCAAGUGACCUUGUGGAGGUUUUCGCGAUCCGGCCACAGAAACCAGCCCUUGGUGAAGCCACAGAGCGUGGCGCACCACAUACCACUGCGGGAGACACUGGUACACCCAGCCCAAAGAAGGUGACUACUGGUCUCGGAGGCUCGAACAGUACCGCGAUCUUCUGGAAAUUCAAGCCUUGGAAUGCUACCCCGCCUCGUGCGAAGCAGACACACAACGAAGCCGCGAACGACUCGGAUGGUGCUAUCAAAGAGACCCCGCCACGGCUACGACGCAGAUCUAGUCUUGAUGUCGAACCCUCGGACUCAGGCCGGAGCCCAGACGCAGCCUCGACGGUGUUCGCUAUGGAUGUUAGCGGAUCACCUAGCAUGGGCGAUCGGGUCCACUUCGACUUUGAACGUGCCGACCGCGCAAAGAGAUACGCUAUGCUAGCAGACAACGCGACUGCUGGUGACGAGACAAAUGCCGUUGUCUUUGAUGACUUGGAUUUUGCACUUCAACCAGUGUCCAGGAAUGAGGCACAAGUCACACCCACGGCCACCAAUCAACCGCCAGUCAAAGGGCGGUCAAGACAAGGCUCUGCUUACAGCAUCGAUCCAGAUCUCCAAGCCGACCUUGCUGAAAUCUACGAGUUCCAAAACGCCAUGUCAGGUACAACCUUUGACCCGAACCCGGUCGUAGUGGAAACCUCGAACCCAGCGACGCCGGUGCUUUCAUCAGCUCAACCUCUGCUGCAAGCCGGCAAGGAUGGAUAUGGCAAUGACGGCGAGCCACGUAAUGCCAGUGGCUAUCAAGCAAGCUCGCCUUCGGAGGAUACCCCAGCUCUUUCUCCGGGCGAGACAAAGUUCUGGCGUGAUGUGCAGUCCUGUCCGUUCGGCACACCGCAGCCCAUAGGUGACGAGUCUCCCACCCAGUCUUUGCACAAGCGGCAGUCUGCCUCAAUCCUCAGCGCAACGCCGGAUGCUGGUGUCGACGGAUGGACACACGACGAUAGAGCAGUCGAUAGGGUGCCCGGUGAUGCCUCGGAUGACGUCUCCUUGCGGGCAUGGGUACUGAACAUGUCGCCAUCCGAUUCUGAGCAGCCUUCCUCACCGGCUGGGGUAGGAGAGGAGAUGCCUCGAUCCGACUCUGAGCAAUCUUUAGACGAAGGCUUGAAAUUAUACCGCAGCUUCACCAGCAACCCGGACAUACGGUAUUCGGAUACGCCAACCAUACCAGAGGAGGACUCCCCCGUUGAUAGGCAAUUCGCGUCUCCAGACAGUGCCUACAACGCUGACCAGAGCUCGGAUGCGGUAGAGCCUGUGUCGCCGAGUGAGUCCCGCAGCAGGAAGACCACGGCCGCCAGCCCACCGCACUAG